AUGCGUUUCUCUACCAUUGGUUUCCUCCUUGCCUCUGCGCUCGCCGUCAACGGCGCUGCCGUCCCCGCCGAGGUCCAGGCUGACAUCUCUGCCCCCAUCAACCCAGAAGCUUCCGCUGCCGACGUCGAGACCGUCACUUUCACCGGAAACAAGGUCGAUGGCGUCGUUGUCACCCGUUCCGUGGAGGCCGAGGCCGAUGUUGCACUCGCUGAGCGCCAGAUCGGCAUCACGGCCAUCAUCACCGCCAUCGGCGGCGGCGUCAUGAGCGUCGCCACCGGUGUUGCCGUCAACAUCGUCACUGACAUCAUCCGGGCCUUCAUCGACUGGACCCUCGUCCGCGAGACCUUCACCAAGCAGACCACCGCCGAGAUGUGGAAGCGCAACCCCAACCCCAAGAAGUUCCACGCCGCCAUCUGCUAUAACAAGGGCUACCACGUCAAGGACCCCAAGGGCAUCGACGGCAAGGCCAGCAUUACUCUGCGCUCCAACGUUUUCCACGUCAGCUACGACUGCAUGUACAUGAACGGCCCCAACCAGUUCUGGACCGAUUCCGAGGGCGGUUUCAUCAACCUGUCGUACACUUACGACCGAAACCACUGCUCUUUUGACCAGAAGACUGGUGAUCUUACCUGCUGGUGA